UUGCCCGUGAGAAGCAGGGGUUAGCACCAGAGCCCUUCCUUCACUUAGUGCUUUCUUCCGUUCCAACGCCGGUAACGUGACCACCCCGCACCCCCCAACUCUUUAAAAUCCCCCACUCUCCCCACUCUCCCCUCGCGUUCUCCCCCUUAAAACCACCCCUUCCGCUCUUCUACUCCACCAUCUCCAUUCCCCGUUCCCAGCAGAACAACAAUGGCGGAAAGGUUCCACUUCGUCUCGGUCCUCUUCUUGCUCUCACUCUCUGCCUCCCUUGUUUUAUGCCGAAAUCUCGCACCGCGGAGCACCGGAUCGGCCCCCACCACCGCAACUUUCGACGUCUCCGCCUCGCUCGGCCAAGCCCUCCGCGCCCUAUCCUUCGACCCCCACCAAGCCAUCGACCAAGAGAUGAAGUCCUUCCACGGCCGCAGCGGCGCGGCCGCCUCCAGCGGCCUCACACUUGAACUACAUUCUCGAGAUUUCCUCCCUACCGCCGCCCAGGCCCGCCACACCGACUACAGGGCGCUAACCCUCGCCCGCCUCCACCGCGACUCCGCCCGGGUGAAAUCCAUAGCCGCCCGCGUCGCCCUCGCCGCCCACGGCGUCAAACGCUCAGAUCUGAAACCCCUCGCCGAGGAGAAGGAGCUCGCGGCGUCGGAGCGGGCCAUCAAGGGCCCGAUCGUCUCUGGGACGAGCCAGGGCAGCGGUGAGUACUUCUCCCGAGUCGGGAUCGGGAACCCCGCCAAGCCCUUCUACAUGGUGCUCGACACCGGGAGCGACGUCACCUGGGUCCAGUGCCAGCCCUGCACCGAUUGCUACCAGCAAUCUGACCCCGUAUUCGACCCCUCCGCCUCCUCCUCCUACUCCCUCCUCCCUUGCGACUCACCCCGCUGCCGCGCCCUUGAUAUCUCCGCCUGCCGCAACUCUUCCGCCGCCGCCGCCGCCGGCGGAGGCUCCUCCUGCCUCUACCAGGUCUCCUACGGCGACGGGUCCUACACUGUCGGGGAUUUUGCGACGGAGAUGGUGACUCUCGGCGACUCUGCUCCCGUCUCCAACGUCGCCAUCGGGUGCGGCCACGACAACGAGGGCCUCUUCGUCGGCGCCGCGGGGCUUCUCGCCCUCGGCGGCGGGCCUAUCUCCUUCCCCUCUCAGAUCUCCGCCCGCACCUUCUCCUACUGCCUUGUCGACCGCGACUCCCCGGCUAGCUCCACCCUCGAGUUUGGCGGCGCCUCCGCCUCCGCGGUGGCCGCGCCCCUGCUCCGCAACCGCAAGCUGGACACGUUCUACUACGUGGAGCUCUCCGGGAUCAGCGUGGGCGGAGAGCUGCUGUCCAUCCCGCCAUCGGCGUUCGCGAUGGACGAAAGCGGGAGCGGCGGGGUGAUCGUGGACUCCGGGACGGCGGUGACGCGGCUCCAGGCGGAGGCGUACGAGGCGCUCCGGGACGCGUUCCGGCGCGGGACGUCGGGGCUGCCGGCGGCGGCGGGAGUGUCGCUGUUCGACUCGUGCUACGACCUCUCGUCGAGGACCAGCGUGGAGGUGCCGACGGUGGCGUUCCACUUCCCGGAGGGGCGGGAUCUUCGACUGCCGGCGAAGAACUACCUCAUCCCGGUGGACGGCACUGGCACCUACUGCCUGGCCUUCGCGCCGACGAAGGCCCCGCUGUCCAUCAUCGGGAACGUCCAGCAGCAAGGGACACGUGUCAGUUUCGAUCUCGACAACUCGGUGGUGGGGUUCACCCCCAAAAACUGCUAGGCCUCGCUCUUUUUUUACCUCUUUAGCCCUCCGUGCUCCUUUUGUUUAUUUUAUUUUAUUUUGUUUGACUGUUUUACUUUUUUUACCGUUGAUCCCAUCUCGGUGGGCGCUGGGGCGCUGUAAUCAUAGUGCUUUCAUCAGACGGAUCGCGGGGUACGGGAUCAGGGAAUGUAGCCGUUGUGGCUGGGUUGGGAUGGUGAUUUAAAUGGGCUUCUGCAAGCUAGUUUUAUAUCAUCCGGAUAUCAUGUAUGUUAAGUAAUCCGUCUAGAAUUUCAAUGGUUAGAUCUCA